AUGCUAUGCGUAGCCGUAAUCAUCAACAUCAUCAUCCUGUUCACUAUCAUCCCCUUCAUAAUCGUCAUGGUUGUCGUCAUGAGCAUCCUCAUUUUCAUAAUUUUUGCCCCCAUUCCCGUCGUCGUCGCCGUCGUCAUCAUAAUCAUCAUCGCUGUCACCCUGUGGCGGACGGCCAAAAAUGCUGUCCGUGUUCUUUGUUCAGUGUCCUUUGCCCCAACCACAUGCGACUUCGGAGGCAGCUGUUUCCGCCUCGCUGACCUGAGGACCACUUGA